CAGUGCUCUCUCUCAGUACGGACUGGAGAGAGAUAGAUAGAGGAGGAGGAGGCUGCUUCAUGCUGCCGCUACUGCUGGUCCUGCCUUUGUCGUAGAGGGAUCUUUUUUUUCUUUCUUUCGUCCUCUUCUCCUCCAUCGAGGUCACACUUGAAGCCAGAGGGAUAUUCAUUUUUUUUUGUUUUUUAUUUUUUUUUUUCCUUCUACCCUUUUCACGGAUUCCGAAGCGAGGGGGAAAUUACCUGGGUGUACCAAUGUACUCGUUACACGCGGCGGGCAGCGGUCUGCUUCUGCCUCCUCCUUCUCUGCUGGUGGUGGUGGUCCUGGCAGGACUGCAGAUUGCAGCAGAGGGCAGGGGUGCCCCACCAUGUCGACCAGGCUUCUCUGAAGAUGUAUACAAGGUUGUGGUGCCGGAUAUCACGGAAAAAGGACAGCCCCUUUUCAACGUGAGGUUUCUCAGCUGUGGCCGAGGUGGUCUGGUGCGGUUUGAGUGCAGCAACCCGUCUGACUUUCGGAUAGAGGCCGACGGAGUGGUUUACGCUGCCAGGACUCUCCAGCCCUCCGUGCUCCCUGCGCUACCUCUGCUGAUUAAGGCCAGUGACGCCACCACUCAGCAGCAAUGGGUGACUCAAGUUCAGCUGACAUCAUCCGGCAGCCAGCAGGUCCAGGAAGUUCCCGUCCCUCCAGUCGUGUCCGAGGAUUUAAAGGAAAUAACUUUUCCAUCACGAAACGCAGACGGCCAACUGAAACGCAUGAAGAGAGACUGGGUCAUCCCCCCAAUCAACGUCCCGGAGAACUCGCGAGGCCCGUUCCCACAAGAGCUCGUCCGGAUCCGAUCCGACCACGACAAAAACCGGUCCCUGAGAUACAGCGUGACCGGCCCCGGGGCCGAUCAGCCUCCCACUGGAAUCUUCAUCAUCGACCCAAUUUCUGGAGAGCUGUCAGUCAACAAGCCCCUGGAUCGAGAGCAUAUCUCCAACUUCCAUCUGAGAGCUCAUGCAGUCGACCUGAACGGCAACCAAGUCGAAAACCCUAUUGAUAUUGUGAUCAAUGUGAUCGACAUGAACGACAACAGACCCGAGUUCACCCAUCAGAUCUGGAACGGCACUGUUGCAGAGGGCUCCAAGCCAGGAACAUUUGUUAUGACGGUUACAUCUGUUGAUAAAGACGACCCCAAAAUGCCUAAUGGCAUGCUGCGAUACAAGAUCCUGUCGCAGAAUCCCGAGAGCCCGACGUCUAACAUGUUCACCAUCAACAAUAAAACCGGAGGCAUCAUUACAGUGGCAGCAGGCCUGGACAGAGAGAAAGUGCCUCAGUACACAUUGAUCAUCCAGGCCACCGACAUGGAAGGCAACCCCAUGUACGGCCUCUCCAACACCGCCACCGCCGUCAUCAGAGUCACCGACGUUAACGACAAUCCGCCGGAGUUUACCGCCGAGACGUUUUUCGGCGAGGUGCCUGAGAACCGCGUGAAUGUCAUUGUGGCCAACCUCACGGUGACUGACAAGGACCAGCCCAACACGCCGGCCUGGAACGCCGUCUACAAAAUCACCGGGGGCGACCCCACCGGCAGGUUCUCCGUGCCCACUGAUCCCACCACUAACGAGGGCCUGGUAACCGUCGUCAAGCCUAUUGACUAUGAAAUCAGCAGGACGUAUGUGCUGACAGUGGAAGCGAGGAAUGAGGUCCCCCUGGCCAGAGGCAUCCACUCUCCCCGGCAGUCCACCGCCACCGUCUCCAUCAGGGUGAUAGAUGUCAAUGAGAGUCCCUACUUCGAGCCCAACCCCAAACUCAUUAAACUGGAGGAGGGGAUGAUGCCCGAGUCAACCUUGACCACCUUCACCGCGCAGGAUCCUGAUCGCUUCAUGCAGCAAACCAUCAGAUACUCCAAACUCUCAGAUCCGGCCAACUGGCUGAGGAUUGACCCCAACACUGGUCGAAUCACCACAAUUGCCAUUUUGGACCGAGAGUCGCCCUUUGUGAAGAACAGUUUGUACAAUGCGACAUUCCUGGCUUCUGACAGCGGUGUUCCACCAGCAAGUGGCACAGGCACCCUGCAGAUCUUCCUGCUGGACAUCAACGACAACGCGCCCAAGGUUUUCCCUCAGGAGACGGACAUAUGUGAAAAGCCGGAGCCGAACGCCAUCAACAUCACUGCGCUCGAUGGAGACCUCAACCCCAACGCCGGGCCGUUCGCCUUCGAGUUGGCCCACAAGCCCCCCGACGUUCGGAGAAACUGGACCAUAACGAGGAUCAGCGGUGACUAUGCCCAGGUGAGCCUGAAGAUUGGCUUCCUUGAGAGCGGUAUCUACGAGAUCCCCAUCAUAAUCACAGACUCAGGCAACCUGCCCAUGUCCAACACCUCCUACCUGCGGAUUAAAGUGUGCCAGUGCGACGUCAACGGAGACUGCACCGACCAGCAGCACAUCAUGGCCGCCGGCCUGGGCACAGGCGCCAUCAUAUCUAUCCUCCUGUGCAUCAUCAUCCUCCUCAUUCUCGUCUUGAUGUUUGUGGUGUGGAUGAAGCGCCGAGAUAAGGAGCGGCAGGCCAAGCAGCUGCUUAUCGACCCCGAGGAUGACGUGAGAGACAACAUCCUCAAGUAUGACGAGGAGGGUGGAGGAGAGGAGGAUCAGGAUUACGACCUGAGUCAGCUCCAGCAGCCAGACACGAUAGAGCCCGAUGCCAUCAAGCCGGUGGGAAUCCGCCGUCUAGACGAGAGACCCCUCCACCCCGAGCCGCAGUACCCCAUGAGGUCGGCGGCGCCCCACCCCGGAGACAUCGGAGACUUCAUCAACGAGGGACUCAAGGCAGCAGACAACGACCCCACCGCUCCUCCCUACGACUCCCUGCUAGUGUUCGACUACGAGGGCAGCGGCUCCACAGCCGGCUCCCUAAGCUCCCUCAACUCCUCCAGCAGCGGGGGCGACCAGGACUACGAUUACCUCAACGACUGGGGCCCUCGCUUCAGAAAACUGGCAGACAUGUACGGCGGGAUCGACGACUAGGACACACAGCCACACCUUGGAAGGAGAAAAAAAGAAGUAAAAAAAACAAAACAAAACAAAAAAAAGCCGGAGAGAAAAAAAAUAACCAAGAAAAAGGAAAGUUUUCCUGUUGAUGGACACGGACAGCUUCUGAUAUUCCCCCAAGAGAGUGAUAGAACUGUGACAGAUACAAAAAAAAUAAACAUUGAUUCAGAAUUUUUUUGAGAAAAAAAAACAAACAAAAAAAAAACCAACCUACCAACCUAGGCUUAUUGUUGUAGUCUACGCAUACAUAUGCUUGUUGAAAGCUUAGGCAUAGGCUGUGGAGUCCAGUUAUGGAGGAUGUGGGUGGGAACAUGGUGGACCGUCACCACUCGGAUCGUUGGUGUUGAAUGCGCUCAGUUACACUUGAAUUUCACAGUACAGAAGCACUGGGAUAUAAUGUGCCUUUUUGUACAUUUUUUUGGAUCUAAAUGAUUAGUUUUAUGUUCAAGGCUUUAAUGGUACUGACUUUUGGAGUGAUUUCAAACAAAGUAUGUUACACUCUGGUAUGCUUCUACAUGCUUUUUUUUUUUUUUUUCCUUUCGUUACACAAUGCUCCUGUUUGUUGAAGAUUAUUUAAAUGAACCACAUAGAUGAAGAAAGGAAGGAUCAUCUGUUAGCUUGGAUGGAAAGAAAGAAAAACAAAUUAAGAGCAGCACUGUACAGUACGCUAGACUUCUAGACUUUCUCACUAAAAAAUUAAAAUUAUGCAGCUGGUUGCAAAUAAAGGGAGUUAUGAAUCAUACUUUUGUAGCAGAUUUUUUUCUUUUCUUUUUUUGAAGUGAUGUAGUAUUUUACAAAAACAACAAAAAAACUGUUUUGGUCUAAUCUAUGUACACUUCAUUUGCCUUAGUCAUCAUCUGAUAUUUUCAAGUUUUACUUCACUGUAAAAAGAUGUGUGUACAUAAUGUUUUUUUUUUCUUUUUCUUUAUCUUAUUUUUUCCUUUUGAUGUAGUAUAUGAAGAAGUGCAAAAAGUUCCAAACUUGUAAAUGUAUAAUUUGGACUGAAAAAUUCAAGUUUUUUGCAUGUUUUUAUCUUUUCAUGACGACAAAAAUGGAAAAAAAUAUGUUGUUUCCCAAAUUUAUUUACAAAGUGACAAAAAAAUAAAAAAAAUCUGGGUGACAUUAAAUGUGUAGAAGUUAAGAGUUUUUUUGUACAAAAAAAAAAUUAGGAAAAAAAAACACUGGUGAAAAAUUGGAAAGUAGUGAUUUUGUCAGCACAACUGUUGAAUUUGUACCAAAAAGGGAGGGGGGGGGGGGGGGGGGGGGGGUGACAUGCUAGGCACUAAUUACUGAAUCAGCUUUAAGACUGGAAGAGGUUUUGAACUUAAGCCUUGUGAAUAACCAUGUGUACUGGAACCCGACAUUAUACAUCUCAGACCCCAACCAUCUGAAAUAAAAUGCUAAUUUUGGAGCUAAA